GUAUCAACCUUAUAUUAUGUCAACUUAAGCCAUUAAGUCACCCAGAUCCAUGCUGGAAAGUAAAAGUUAAUAUUUUGUAAGUUUUAUGGUCGAUAAAAUGACCUUGUCAGCGAAUACAGAUUAUCAUUUAAUCAAAUGCUGACUGACGUUUUUCAUACUAAUUGUUAGUCCAUUAUUUAUACACUGAAUUGACAACGGAUUUUCUGUUAUAUCCCGAUCACGACAAGGAGCACACGGCGGGUUUGACCGGUCAGCAGGGGAUGCUCACUUCUCCAUGGCAGGUGAUCCCACCUCAGAUGUUUCUGAGGUCCGUGUUUGCUCUGCACCUAUUUUGUAUUUUUUAUGGACUUUGAUAAUGAAUACUGUUCGUUAUCUCCAUAUCCUUCUUUUAUUCAAAUCGUUAGGCGUAAGUGUAUUUUUGGAAAAUGUCAUACAGAACAGGAAAUAACAUUGAGUGAGAACUAUGAUUUGUACUCGAACAGAAUUUUGCAUAAAUGAGGAGAUAUUGAAUAAAGAAUAGAUGAUUGAAUUUUCAAUGGAAAAAUGGAAAUACGUAAUUUUCUAAUUGCCAGCUAUUUAUUAGGGUUCGCACUCUCAAUAGAUACGACAUGGAUUAAGUCCUUCAAAAUCUGUGCAAACAACGAUCAGCGAAUGUCGACUGAGGAUGACGUUGAAGAGAAUAAUACAUGGCUGGGAAAAGCCAAAUAUGAGCUGACGUGGGGUGUCAUAACUUUGCAAAGUCUAAGAAUAGAAGAAAAUGAAACAUGUUCACUGACAGACUGUGCUUUCCAUCAAAAACAUUGCCAGUUUUGUAAGAGUCCUGUAAAACUGAAUGAGAUUAGUUCAUCUUUUGAGGAAUUGACACCAGGACAAAAAUAUAUGAUUGAAGACAGCUGGUCAAGUGAUGUGGAAGAAUUCCCUGUGCCAACUAAGCGCUUAGUGUAUAGAGGAGCUUCAAUUACAGAAUACGCUUCUUGUAAUUAGUCUUUCAAUGAUUGAUGCAAGGAAUCUGAUGGCGAGUUCAAGGUCAUUAUUUACCUUGAAGAAAACUAUAAAGAAGGUACUUCUACACAUACGUCUGUUGUACCCUCUGCUGUACCCUCUCAAGUGCACAAUGGGUAUAAAACAGUACACAAAUACUCAACUAGAUUAUUUGAUAUCCUAUUUGCUUGCAGUGUGUACUCUCUAAUAGACACUUGAGCAUUAUCACUGAUCGUUAUCUUCGAAUUUCAGCCCUUUCCUAUAAACCUAGCAUCGACGUAAAAUAUUGAACAGAGUUUUGGGGAGAGGAUGCAUGUUCCUUAAUCUUAACUGACGAUUAUCCUUGUUUAAUUUAAUCAUAUUUACAUCUUC